UCGGGAUGUUUCGGUGCUGCGGCUCGAGGGAAAGCAGGACGAGCACGAUAAUGAGCGGGGACAAUGCGGCUGUCUGCUUAUCCGCAUUAUUGUCGUGCGCAUAUCGUGAUGCUUCCUGUCUCUUUUUGUCUCUCUUUUCGAUUCAACUUCCUCCCCUCUGGUGUGCUUCAUACUUGGGGGCAUGGCUUUUCCACCCUGUUUUUUCUCCGUUUUUUUCACAGAGGCUUGACCAGUCUCGUAUGAUCGUAUCUCCGUUUCCCGGCCGAUUGCUCGGUUUUUCUUUCCUCACGACUCCGCCCCACGCAGGGGGCGUGACCGAGUGAGAUUGGCUUGAUCGUGGGAUGUUUGGAAGAUGGGGGAGGGAAGGGAGAGGGAAGGGAAAGAGAGAGGAGAGCUCUGGAGGAUUAUUAGGACAUGUUGGGCUCUUUGAGAUAUCUAUAGAGACACAUGUCUUGACUGCUUUGGAAUGUGUUUGAUAUCACGUGAUCACGCUGGGAACUAUCUCUUCUGUUUCUUCUCCCUUUAGGUAUGGCCUCUCAAGGAUGGAAUGUCCGUUCAGUAGGUACUGUAGGUAACAAGCAAUGCCGAAUAUCGCAGCAGAGGUUGCGCAUCAUAUCACGUG